AUGUCCCAGGCCAUCAUCAUCGGUGGCGGACCCGCUGGUCUGGCAACCGCCCUUCGCCUACAUCAAAAGACAAACAUCCUCUGCACAGUCUAUGAGAUUCGACCAGAGCCGACAACUCUAGGCGGCGCCAUUGGAAUUCCGCCCAACGGCCUACGCCUGAUGGAUCGCUUGGGCGUGUCUGAUGAACUCCACAAACAUGGCAGCAGCCACUCUACCCUCUCAAUGCAUUCCAUCGGUGGUAGCUUGCUGGGGCAGCAGGACCUGAUCGGGCCGGCUCGAGACAUUACUGGAUUUGGCUAUCUGCGCAUCAAGCGGAUGGAUUUGCAAAAAGUCCUGACUGAAGCUGUCGAAAAGGCCGAGAUCCCCAUCCACUACGACAAACGAAUCACCUCCAUCAAGGAUACAACAGAUGGUGUUGAAGUUACUUUCUCGGACGGAACUGUCGAUGCCGGUGAUCUACUACUUGGGUGUGAUGGCAUUCACUCCGCUGUACGAAAACUCUACGUGGAUCCGGAACAAGCACCCGAGUACACUGGAAUGGCAGCCCUGGGAGCUCUUGUGCCAGCAUCCAACUUCUCCGAGACGGCAAGAUCUCAGAUCAGAGGCAUGAACAUCACUUUCACAGAAGAGGGCAUGAUGCUGGCUAUGGUGUGCACAGCCACGGAUGACGAGUUUUUCUGGGGUUUCUCAAAAGAGGUUCCCCUGCCUGACUCGGGAGAUGCGAGGGACGGAUGGGAAGUCCGACGGAAGGAAGAGGUGGAUGGUUUCAAGUCAUCUCUUCUAGACACUUUGAAGAACGCAGGCGGAGAAUGGGGAAAUUUCAUGAGGCAGCUUGUCGACAACACAUCCGUCGUCAAAUUUUAUCCCACCUACAAGCUACCUCUUGACAGACCAUGGAACAAGGGGCGUUGUCUACUCCUUGGAGAUGCCGCGCACGCCAUGCCUCCCCACGCCGGCCAGGGUGUAUCCAUGGCACUCGAGGAUGUCUUUCUUCUUGGUCGACUGCUCGACAACCAACCUCAGUCGCUACCAGACACUCUUCAGAAGUUCACUGAGAUUCGCAGGCCAAGAGUGAAUGAGAUGGCUAGCAGAUCUGUUCAGAAUGGAACGAUCAGAAGAAAGACGGGGCCGUGGGGUUUAUGGAUGAAGGAGAUGGGCUUGUGGAUGUACAUGCAUGGCCUCUGGGCAUUUGGCAUGAAUCGAUGGGGUUCAGCUACGGAGCAGAUGGUGUACGACAUCGACGAGGUGCCUAUCUAG